AGUUUUUUUAAAUUCCCGUUACAAUUUUGCCUAUAAAAAAAGCGGCACCAAACUUCAAAUUAUAAAUUAAGAGAAAAAAAGAAUGAGUUGGUAAUAACAGCUGUUCUAAUUGUGGUAUAAAAACGUUUAUCGCUCACUUCCGAAAAGUGUGAAGGUUGCAAAUAUUGUAAGCGGAUAUUCGGAGAUGAAUUCUCACACAGUGCUUGGUGGUAAUGCUGAAGUUGAAGAAGAUGAAACUCAAGAAAUUGUUAAUAAAUUAAUCUCAAACAUGCAUCUUUUACAAGAAGAAAAUUUAAAACUUCUCAAGGUUAUUGGAGUCACCAAGCAAGUUGUUGCUGGGAUGUCAUAUACAAUAACUGGAAUAUUUGAAGAUGGUAACAACGAUCAAUUUACAUGUAAAAUCAAAAUUUGGGAUCGUCCAUGGCUUGAUGAACCAGAAAAUUUGAUAAUUACGCUUAAAGCUAAAGAAAAAUUUGUAAUCGAAGACAACACAAUAUCGCAACCAAUAUCAUCGAAUGGAGAGCAAUAUGUCAUCAAAAGUGUUUUAUUUAUGUUCACGGUCUUGUUAAGUGUUUUUGUGUGAACAACUGAAAAUUUGAAAAUAAUAAUAAAAGUUUUGUAAUAAUUAAGUAAUGAAUAUAAA